AUGCUCUACGGAGCGGAAAUCUGGUGUGAGUCACUUAAAGUAGGAAGCCAUCGUCGACGACUGGCAUCUGUUCAACGUAGAGGCGCGCUGAUGAUAGCUUGCGCUUACCGAACGGUUUCGGAAGCAGCCGUGGCGGUCAUCGCGGGUGUGAUUCCAAUCGACCUUUUAGGGUUUGAGAGGAAGCGCAUCUGGGAUGCUCGUCAAGCCGGUGGAGAACCGUUGAAAAAUGUUAAGGCUCGAGAACGGGAGGAAACCUUGAGACUCUGGCGAGAGCGAUCGGAAUCUGCGAAAACGGGACGUUGGACAUUCAGGCUCAUUGAACGAGUCCGUGAUUGGAUAAUGCGAAAGGAAGGGGAGGUAGAUUACUAUCUCUCCAGAUUUCUGUCCAGUCAUGGCCAGUUUCAUGAGUACUUGUAUCGCAUGGGGAUCCGAACCGAUCAUUAUUUUCAAUACUGUUCGCAAGUUGUCGACUCUGCCAAGCACACCUUCUUUUUAACUUCCUGCUAA